AAUGGCAGCGUUUUACUGUACACUCAGACAGUGACAGCGGAAGCGCACAGCACUGUUAGUACUAACUCUAUAAGGAUAGGCGUUCGCACGGACGAUCGAUAAUAAUUCGUUACAUAAUAAGUUAUCUGGCAUUCGCACCAACUACAUCCAGGACAAACGAGAUGGCGCAGACGCAAUCCACAGAAAAGUCAGGCCCUCGAGCCUUUAUCCUAGCCUCUCGAGCCUCUAAACUGGCUCAGAUUCAGACCAAUCUCGUCCGCGAUGCUCUGGAGACAACAUUUCCUUCGUUAUCUUUCGACACCUCUUUCAUGACUACCGAGGGGGACAAGAACCAAUCACAAGCCCUGUAUUUGAUCGGAGGCAAGGCAUUGUGGACGAAGGAGCUCGAAGUCGCGCUGAAGGACAAUGCUGUGGACAUGCUGGUUCACAGUCUCAAAGAUGUUCCUACCAUAUUACCAGAAGGGUGUGAGAUUGGCGCAAUCCUAGAAAGAGAGAACCCGGUGGAUAGUUUGGUGGUGAGGCAAGGUAUACCCUAUAAAUCACUGGGGGAAUUGCCAGACGGAAGCGUAGUGGGCACGAGCAGCGUCAGACGAGUUGCACAGCUUAGAAGGUCAUUCCCAAAACUCAUUUUCCAGGACGUGCGAGGAAAUCUUAAUACUCGUCUUGCAAAGCUUGAUGCACCAGAUGGUCCCUACGUUGCCAUCAUUCUCGCGAAGGCGGGUCUCGUGCGCCUCGGAAUGGGAGAUCGGGUCACCGCCGACAUCACAGCACCUACUCUCUACCAUGCAGUAUCUCAAGGAGCGCUUGCGAUAGAAAUCCGCUCGAACGAUCGCCAGGCGCAAGAGCUGUGCAAGGCGAUCAUACACCCUGAAACUCAGCUGAAGUGCAUGGCUGAACGGGCUCUCUUACGUGAAUUGGAAGGGGGCUGCAGUGUACCUGUGGGCGUCGGGAGCUCUGUGACUGAUGUUGAAAAAGACGAGGGGGUUGUAAAGAGGGCAGUUUUGAGAUUGACGGGUUGUGUCACUUCCAUCGACGGUUUGACCCACGUAGAAAAUUCGGUUACAGAACUGGUGACGAGCACUCUACAGGCAGAGGCCGCUGGAGUGAAACUUGCGAAGAUACUGAUCAACACAGGUGCCAAAGCAAUCCUGGACGACAUUACUCUGGACAGAGCGAAAAGAAUCGACGAAUCCAAAGCCUCGGAAGAAGUGCAAAAAAUCGAAACAGCGAUGGCAGGAUCUUCGUAGCAGAUAUCAUACCAUGAAUAAGGCAAUAGAUAUGUAUUAUAUUAGCAAAUACAAUGUACACGACACACCCAAUACAGUUGGGGCGUAUAGAUGUCUCUUGUCGUUUCAAGAUGCGAUGUUGUCGAAAACCAAACUACGCGAAUGCGAGACAUACAAGAGUGAUAUUCUGCCUCCCCACGAGCGCCUACAUUUCCCUAGGAU